AUGACGUAGAACCAUUUUUGGUAGAGUGCAGCCUUGUUGACCCAAGAUUCAGGGACAUCCAGUUCAUCACUGAUCAGAACAGAACUGAUGCUCUGGCAGCCAUCAAAAACAGAAUGUCUACCAUUGCUCUUCGGAUAGGAUUGAUGAGACAAACAGCUGUCACACAGGAGGAAGCUAAGGCCACAGCUGAUGACAGUGACCAGCCCCCUCAGUUGAACAUCCUGAAUGAUGAGGAGCAAUCUGAUGACAACAACAACUACAAGGAGCAAGAGCCAGCUAUUGUUGUUGAAGACACCCCAGAGGCAGAUAAUUACAAAAAACCAACAAGUUCUCUAGGACGUUUGUUUGAUGUGUUCAUUACUAAAGAAGAGUCUUCUGCUGCUGAUAAAGUUGAAUUAGAGCUGAACUGUUAUCUGAAAGAAUCAAGGGCGAAAAUGGAAAUGAAUCCAAUAGACUGGUGGGGGGGCAAGGUCUGACAAAUAUCCUAUUCUAGCUAGAGUUGCCUGU